AUGAGCUUCGAAAGAGUUCAUCGAAUUUCUAACACCCGAGCUGUUAAUCAAACCAACAAAUCUAAGAGUCCGCGCCCAAUAAUCGCCAAAGCCAGCUUUUAUCAAGACAAGGAGCAAAUUUUUUCAUACGCUAGAAGCUUACCAAAAGACUCAAAGAUCGGUGUUGCCAGUGACUUCCCAAAAGAAAUUGCCGAUAUGCACAAGAAACUUUACCCAAUCUUGAAAGCCGCUAAAGCCCAGAAGAAAAAAGCUUUCUUUAAUGUCGACAAACUUAUUAUUGAUGGGCAAGUUUAUCGUGGAAAAGAAACUAAAGAUCUUCCUCUGUACGGUAAAGUUAUGGUACAUGAUUAG